AUGCCGUGGUAUUGGCCGUUUGAAAAUGACAGUAUGUCACUUGAAACUUAUUCAAUACAUAAUCCAUCUAUGAUCGAAGGUAUCAGUGAUGAUACAAUUCUUUUAGUGCUCUUAACAAUUAGUCUCAUUGGCGUUUCAAUUUACUAUUCACGACGUCAGCGUAAUACAACUAUUCACGCAGACAAUAGACAGAAUGUCGAGGCAUUCCGCGAACGAACUCAACAAAAUUCUCGAGCAGAUGUGACCGAUGAAACAUCAUCAUAUAUUCGUCGACCAAGACAUGAUACAUGUCCUAUUUGUCUUACCGACUCAUCUGUAUUAAGCGUAGAAACGAAUUGUGGACAUUUAUUUUGUGGUCAAUGUAUUAUCACAUAUUGGAAAUAUCAAAUGAAUUGGAUGAGUGGAAUGCAUUGCCCUGUAUGUCGACAAUCGAUUACUGUUCUUCUUAGAUGCUUCGCCGACGAUGAAACAACCGCCGAUAAUGAUAUACGAGAGACAGUGAUCACCAAUGUGAGAGAUUUCAAUCGUCGAUUUUCUGGUGCCCCACGAACAUUUCGUGAAUAUAUUUAUGAUAUACCUGUGCUAAUUCCUCAUAUUAUUCGACAAAUGUUUACUGUACAAAAUCUAGCAUGGACAUAUCGUUUACGAAUUAUACUCAUAUUGUUCACAGUAAUUGCAUAUGUUCUUUCGCCAUUGGAUAUUCUACCAGAAAGUGUUCUCGGUUUUCUUGGAUUCUUUGAUGAUCUACUUGUUACCUUUUGUGCAGCACUGUAUGUUAUAAUUAUCUAUCGAGAAUUCUUGUCUCGAUAUUAA